AUGUACAGAGAACUAGCCAAAGCUACCUUCGGGUACCCUAUAAUCGAUAACCACGCCCACCCAUUCCUGAAAUCAAAGCACCGCGACGCCAUCCGAUACGAAGUACUCAUAUCCGAGGCCCAAGGCGACGCCUUAGACGACGCCGUCUACACUCUUCCUUGCCUGCGUGCAACAGCUCAGUUAUACAAGCUAUUCGGAUUGACAGGUGACGAUGCUACCUGGGAGGGCGUUAAAAAGAAGAGGCUCGAGUUCGAUUAUGCAGAGUUGUGUAAGCUCUGCAUGGAACCUACGGGAAUUCAGUGCAUACUGUUCGACGAUGGAUUGGGUGGAAUCGCAGAAAUGGCCGAAGAAUUGAAUUGGCACGACCAGUACACUGGAAGUCCAUCGAAGAGAAUUGUGAGAUUAGAAGUGGAGGGCCAGAACAUCUUACAAGACAUCCUCGUCGCAAAUGCCAACUCGGCUCUGUCGAUCGAUGUUCUCUGCGACACAUUCCUGAAGGAGUUCACCACUUAUAUGAAUAACACUGCCGUAGAUGAUCGUGUGGUAGGGUACAAGUCUGUUGCUUGUUACAGAACCGGUCUGGAUGUCAACCCUGCUCCCUGCAGCGUAGAUGAACUCUACGAGUGCCUGGCAUCUGCAUCCCAGCAGUUCAAGGAAAAGGGUUCCAUUCGCUUCGAGCACAAAGCUUUGAACGAUCACCUGGUCAAGAUAGUUCUCGAUAUCGCAGGCAAAUGCAAAAAACCUAUCCAGUUCCACACAGGUCUCGGAGACAAUGAGAUCACGUUGACAAAGUCUUCUCCAGCACAUAUGCAGCCCAUCAUCAAGGCCUUCCCAGACACCAUAUUUGUUCUUCUGCAUUCCAGCUAUCCUUACACGAGAGACGCUGGGUACCUCACGUCCGUGUACAAGAACGUUUAUCUCGACUUCGGAGAGAUUUUCCCCUUUAUCUCUGCUGACGCCCAACGCACCGUGGUACGCCAAGUGCUUGAGUUGGCGCCUACUAAUAAAAUCUUGUGGUCCACUGAUGCGGCGUGGUGGCCGGAAAGGUUCUACCUUGCCACUAUCCAAGCUCGCGAGGUAAUAUACGAGGUCCUAGCGGGUUUCGUCAGCAAACAAGACCUCACGGAAGACCAGGCGGUGUCUAUCGUGAAGAUGGCAUUCUUUGAAAAUGCGAAUCGGAUCUAUAUGCUAGGGCUUCAGCCGAACGUCAACAUUUUGUCUCCCCGGGCAUAA